GGGAAAAGAUUUAAUCUUGUCUGUAAAGAAAUACACCGAUAACGAUAAUAACGGUAAUAGUGCUUAACUGAAAGACAUUGCAAAUUUGUAAAUUGAGAUGGCCGGGAGCGAUUCUAGUAUAACUGAUCUGGAGGAAACCUUCAAUAGAGCUGCCAAAUAUCUGCAAACAUUGGUAUCAGAAUUAGAUUCGGGUCAAUUACUUGGAUUUUAUGGUCUGUAUAAACAAGCGACUAUGGGUCCUUGUGACAUACCGAGGCCCAAUUGGUAUCAGAUGCAAGCUAAGCACAAAUGGGAAGCGUGGAAAAAUCUCGGGGAUAUGAGCCGCGAGACCGCGAUGGCCAAUUACAUCCAUGCUAUCGCAAAGAUAAAUCCGUCGUGGGAAGAAGAGGCGACAGCCGAAUCUGCAGGAUGGACAUCCGUUAGCAAGUUAUCUAAUACAGAUGCGGAAUUGAGAGAUGCCGAUAAGACGUUCUUGGAUUGGGUCAAAGAAGGCAACGAGGCGAAGGUGCGAGAAAUAUUAAACGGCGAACCCACGCUCGUGAACACGCUGGAUGAAGAUGGUUUGUUACCUAUACACUGGGCCGCGGAUCGCGGUCACGUAGGAAUCGUACAAUACUUGAUCAGAAGUGGUGCGAAUGUCAAUUCACAAGAUCGGGAUGGACAAACGCCUCUUCACUAUGCGGCAAGUUGCGGUCAUGCGGAAGCAGUGAAGUAUUUACUUUCGAGUGGAGCUCAAACUAUAGCGGAUAACGAUGAUACAUAUCUGAUAUUUAUAGACUCAACUGGCAUGAUUAUCUUAGCCUGAUAAUCCAAGAUCACAAGUUCAUUGCAUACAAUUGUAAAUAUUCCGUGAUGUAAACAUAAAAAUUAAUGUUUAACUAUAUUAAAAGAGUUCUUUUUACUUUUCAGAUGUUAACAGUAAUCCAGAGUCAUGCAUCAAAUCGAUUAAAUAUAAGGCGCCGAUACGCUAGUUUUUUUUUCAGCAUUUUAUAACGAUUAACAAACAAUCUUCACUAAUAAAUAUCACCCGUUGAUUCAAUUCC